AUGAAAAAAUUAACCUGCUUUAAAGCCUAUGAUAUUCGUGGAAAAUUAGGCGAAGAACUGAAUGAAGAUAUUGCCUGGCGCAUUGGUCGCGCUUAUGGCGAAUUUCUCAAACCGAAAACCAUUGUGUUAGGCGGUGAUGUCCGCCUCACCAGCGAAACCUUAAAACUGGCGCUGGCGAAAGGUUUACAGGAUGCGGGCGUCGAUGUGCUGGAUAUUGGCAUGUCCGGCACCGAAGAGAUCUAUUUCGCCACGUUCCAUCUCGGCGUGGAUGGCGGCAUUGAAGUUACCGCCAGCCAUAAUCCGAUGGAUUAUAACGGCAUGAAGCUGGUGCGCGAAGGGGCUCGCCCGAUCAGCGGUGAUACCGGACUGCGCGAUGUCCAGCGUCUGGCAGAAGCCAACGACUUCCCUCCCGUUGAUGAAACCAAACGCGGUCGUUAUCAGCAAAUCAAUCUGCGUGACGCUUACGUUGAUCACCUGUUCGGUUAUAUCAACGUCAAAAACCUCACGCCGCUCAAGCUGGUGAUUAACUCCGGGAAUGGCGCGGCGGGGCCGGUGGUGGACGCCAUUGAAGCCCGCUUUAAAGCCCUCGGCGCACCGGUGGAAUUAAUCAAAGUACACAACACGCCGGACGGCAAUUUCCCCAACGGUAUUCCUAACCCGUUGCUGCCGGAAUGCCGCGACGACACCCGUAAUGCGGUCAUCAAACACGGCGCGGAUAUGGGCAUUGCCUUUGAUGGCGAUUUUGACCGCUGUUUCCUGUUUGACGAAAAAGGGCAGUUUAUCGAGGGCUACUACAUUGUCGGCCUGCUGUACACAUCUGACGCUGCCGACGAUCUUAC